AUGUCUUCGCCCCCCGCAGAGGUGGUCAAAGGCCUUCAGCUGACAAAUGCAGACGAUGAGGCGAUGACCAUGAUCUCCUACCGGACGUUAGAAGAAGAUCGGCGGAAGGUGUUCGCGUCAGCGUUUCCGGAAUGCGCCAGCGGUCACGUCCUCGCCAUCGUUGCGCGGGGAUCGCAAGGGGACCACAAGGAGUUCAUCGCUGUCCUCAAGGACGGCGCGACAAGCGCGGAGCUUGUGUCUGGCAGCUGCCAAAUCACCUUCGAGGAUCUGUCACCCGCCGACUGCAUCGAGUAUAGCUUUGCCGAGGCGCCUGGCGAGUGGCGCGUGGCGCAGGUCUCGCGAGAAGCGCUGGAGACGUACCGUGGGAUGAAGUUUGAGGCCUGGAAGCAGAUGCUGCUCAAACCCACCUGCGAAGCGCAGUUCCGGCGAAUGCUCCAGCUCGGAAUCGUGACGCAGCUCUACGAUCCGCAGCUUUUCCCGACACCGGAUGCCUCGAAAGCACAGUACCAGGUCACCGACGAUCGGACGGGAAAGCUCAUCCAGCUACCCCACGCGGUGAAAGAGAUGCGGGUCUGGAAUGCUGCCCUGCAGCAGUACGACAGCAUCGACACAAAGCUGUCUGGGGCUCCGGCAGAGGCGGAGAAGGCUGCUUGGUGGAAAGACUUCACAGACAAGAUGAAGGCCGAGCACGGCGAGGAGUACAUUGAUGGCCUGAUUGCCGGCAAGAACUGA